AUGAACGCCUCUCGAAGGGUCCUCUCGCAGGCCCAGCGGCAAUUGCGCUGUCAAAGCCGCCUCGUCACUCGCCACCUCGACGCACGAUUCUCGUCAACCUCUACAAGCUCUGCACCAGCAGCUUCCCCUUCUUCUUCCUCCUCCUCCUCCUCCUCUUCUUCCAAGUCGGAGCCCGACGCCGCACCCGCUGCCGCCAAGCCCAAAUACGCGCCGUCGCCCAGACCUGCCUCCAAACCCUUUUUCAAGCCUUAUUCCACCUCGUCGAGCACCACCACCACCGGCAAGGCUUCGCCCUCUUCUGCCGCCACCGCCGCCAUUCCCAGCGACCUGUUCUACCAGCCGGCGACAAUCGCGCACGCCGAAAAUGCGACUGGCGUCGCUGAUACCACGACGGACAUCCCCGUGGUGGAUUGGUCCGCAAGCUUCCACGGCAUCGCGAGCCGGCCCGUGACGGCGAGGCAGUUUGCCGCGCUCAUGAAGCCGCUCGACGUCGACGAUAUCGAGGUCAAACCCGACGGCAUCAUCUACCUCCCCGAAAUUCGUUACCGGCGGCGCCUCAACGAGGCCUUUGGGCCGAUGGGCUGGGGCCUGAUCCCCAAAGGCGACGCCGUCGUCGGCAACUCCGUCGUCACGCGCGAGUACGCCCUGAUCGUAGACGGAAGGUUUGUCUCGCAGGCGCAGGGAGAAAAUUCUUACUUUGGCGCCGAUCAGCUGCCUUCGGCCGUCGAGGGUUGCAAGUCCAACGCACUCAUGCGCUGCUGCAAGGAUCUGGGCAUCGCGUCGGAGCUCUGGGACCCCAGCUUCAUCCGCUGGUUUAAGAAGAACCGCAUGGAGGAGGUCUGGGUCGAGCAUGCCACCACCAAGAAGAAGCGCACGCUGUGGUACCGCAAGGGCGCCGUCGACGUGGCCUAUCCCUACCGUCAGACGAAAUAA